UUGUGUGAGUGACACUCUUUUCUCGGGCGAAAAUGGCGAUCCGUCUGCUGAGAAUCAACUCCGCCCUGCGGAAAAUCGCCGACAGGAAUGGAUACUGUAUGGUAUCCAAGCAAUGGCGAUCGACCUUAGGUUCGCCGAGUCUCAAAGAGGCACUGAUCAACCAGCCGCCAACCAGAGUGUCAGUCCUCGACAAUGGCAUGAGAGUGGCUAGCGAAGACAGCGGUGCUGCAACAGCAACCGUUGGUUUGUGGAUUGAUGCUGGAAGUCGAUAUGAAACGGAUGAGAAUAACGGAGUGGCUCAUUUUAUGGAGCACAUGGCUUUCAAGGGCACAGCCAAGAGGUCCCAAACCGAUCUCGAGCUGGAGAUUGAAAACAUGGGUGCUCACUUGAAUGCCUACACAAGUCGGGAGCAGACGGUCUUCUAUGCCAAAUGCUUGACACAGGAUGUGCCCAAAGCUGUGGAAAUCCUUAGUGACAUCAUUCAGAAUUCCAAGCUUGGAGAGAGUGAAAUCGAGAGGGAGAGAGGUGUCAUCCUCAGAGAGAUGCAAGAAGUCGAAACCAAUUUGCAGGAGGUGGUGUUUGACCAUUUGCACGCCACAGCCUAUCAGGGAACAUCUCUUGGCAGAACAAUUCUUGGACCUACUGAGAACAUCAAAACCAUCUCCAAAAAGGAUCUUCUCCACUACCUGAAGACCAAUUACGGCCCUCCCAGAUUUGUCCUUGCUGGAGCCGGUGGUGUCUGCCACGAGCAACUCACUCAGCUGGCCGAGCAACACUUUGGCAAAAUGACUGGACCCGUUUAUGAUGAGAUCCCACCAGUCAACUUGCCUUGCCGCUACACAGGUUCGGAAAUACGUGUUCGCGACGACUCGAUGCCCCUCGCCCACAUUGCCCUAGCCAUCGAAGGUGCCGGCUGGUGCGAAGCCGACAACAUUCCCCUCAUGGUAGCCAAUACCCUGAUGGGAGCUUGGGAUCGGAGUCAGGGUGGUGGUUCCAACAACGCCACGAAUCUCGCCAGAAUCGCCGCAUCUGGUGAGCUCUGUCACAGCUUCCAAAGCUUCAACACGUGUUACAAGGAUACCGGAUUGUGGGGCGUGUACUUUGUUUGCGAGCCACUACAGUGCGAGGAUAUGGUCUGGAACAUCCAACAGGAAUGGAUGAGAAUUUGCACGUCACUCACUGAGAAGGAAGUCAGGAGAGCAAAGAACAUCCUGAAGACGAAUAUGUUACUUCAACUUGACGGUACCACCGCCAUCUGCGAGGAUGUUGGCAGACAGAUGCUCUGUUACAACCGACGAAUUCCCCUUCACGAGCUCGAGGCCAGAAUAGACAGCGUUACGGCUAAAACUGUUCAAGAGGCAGGUAUGAAAUACAUUUACGAUCAUUGCCCGGUUGUUGCAGGAGUUGGUCCAAUUGAGAACUUGACCGAUUACAACGUUAUCAGAAGUCAAAUGUACUGGCUGAGAUAUUAAAUGCAUCUUUGUGAAAAUUGCUCAACCAUUACCAUUUGUUAUAGACGUAUUCGAUUAAGACAGUGAAAAUUGAAUUAUUUAAGUAGUAAUUUAAUUUAUAAAGCGUUAAUUUAACAAUCGAUUCUGCAACUACGCCCUAGUUUUAUCGUAUCGCGUGAUUUAAAAAAAAAUAGUCGAGUAUAAAAAUUAUCGAACGUGCAACAAUGUACUACGACGUCGAUAUAAAUCAAUAAUGAAAAUCAUAAUUUUUUUCCACUGUUAAUCUUGUAAAUAAUCUCAAGUUAAUGAAAAUAAAAAACAACGUUGCUCUUAA